UUUUUACAAACAGGAAGUGUUUCCUCUCAGAAAAAUCGAAACUUAACUGAAGUUGUUGACGAAGUGUUGAGGAUCCCUUCUGUCUGCGAGUUUGUGCUGUAAAAUGGCAGAAUCCAGUAUUUCAGUGGCUCAGGAUCAGUUCAGCUGUUCAAUCUGUCUGGAUCUACUGAAGGAUCCAGUGGCCAUUCCCUGUGGACACAGUUACUGUAUGAGCUGUAUUUCAGGCUGCUGGGAUCAGGAUGGGCAGAAGGGAGUCUACAGCUGCCCUCAGUGCAGACAGACCUUCACUCCAAGACCUGCUUUAGGGAAAAACACCAUGCUGGCUGAAGUGGUGGAGAAACUCAAGAAGACAAAACUACAAGCUGCUCGUCCUGCUCAGUGUUACUCUGAAUCUGCAGAUGUGGAGUGUGAUGUUUGUACUGGAGACAAAAAUAAAGCUGUCAAAUCCUGUCUGGAGUGUCUGAGCUCUUACUGUCAAAAUCAUCUUGAACAACACGAGACUUUCUUCAGAGGUAAAAAACACAAUCUGAUGGACGCCACUGGACGACUGCAGGAGAUGAUCUGCCCUCAACAUGAGAAACUACUGGAGGUUUUCUGUCGUACUGAUCAGUGCUGUAUUUGUUAUCUGUGUACAAUGGAUGAACACAAAAACCACGACACUGUAUCAGCUGCAGCAGAGAGGACUGACAAACAGAGACAGUUGGAGAAAACCCAGAGUAAACUCCAUCAGAGAAUCCAGAGGAAACAGAAGGAGUGUGAGGAGCUGAGAGCGGCUGUAGAGUCUCACAAGCGCUCUGCACAGGCAGCAGUGGAGGACACUGAGAGGAUCUUUACUGAGCUCAUCCGCUCCAUUGAGAGAAACUGCUCUGAGUUGAUGCAGCUGAUCAGAAAUCAGGAAAAGGCUGCAGUGAGUGGAGCUGAAGUACGACUGCAGCGACUGGAGCAGGAGAUUGAUGAUCUGUGGAGGAAAGACGCUGAGCUGGUGCAGCUUUCACACACAGACCAUCACAUCCAUUUCCUCCAGAGUUUCCAGUCUCUCUCUGCUCCUGGAUCUACAGACUCAUCCAGCAUCACUGUCAGCUCUCGUCUCUCUUUUGAUGAUGUUGGUAAAUCUGUGUCUCGUCUGAGAGAGAAACUGGAGCAUUUCUGCAGAGGGGAGAUAGAAAAGAUAUCUGGUAAAGUGAGAGACAUAACCAGGAUUUACAAACCUGAACCAAAGAUCCGUGAGGAGUUCCUCCAGUAUUACCGUCAGCUUACUUUGGAUCCAAACACAGUAAAUAAUUACCUGUUGCUGUCUGAAGGGAACAGAGUGUUUGAAUACACUUCUAAAGACCAGCAGUAUCCUGAUCAUCCAGACAGAUUUGAUUGUUGGCUUCAGGUGUUGUGUAGAGAGAGUGUGUGUGGACGCAGUUACUGGGAGGUGGAGUGGAGCGGCAGAGGAGUGUCUAUAUCGGUGGCGUAUAAGAGCAUCAACAGGAAGGGAGAGGCAACUGAAUGUGUAAUUGGACGUAAUGAUCAGUCCUGGAGUUUGUCCUGCUCUGACUCCAGUUGUUCAUUCUGGCACAAUAACAAACACAUUAAACUUCCAGUAAUGUCCGUCUCAUCCAGAAUAGGAGUGUAUGUAGAUCAUGGUGCAGGAACUCUGUCCUUCUACAGCAUCUCUAACACAAUGAGCCUCAUUCACAGAGUCCACACCACAUUCACUCAGCCGCUCUACCCUGGGUUUAGGAUCAAUUCUUUAUAUUUUCUAUUAUCAAAAAGCAAGCCAAAAAUAAAACUUAGUGAUCUGAAGAUGUAGAAAACAGAGAAAUUCUGAUGUGAUGUUUAUGCAUUUGAACCCCAUGAUGAUAAAUCAGUAACUGGGAAACAUUUUUAUUUUCAUAUCAAUAUUUUCAUAUCACACCUAUCAUCAUGAAGUGCUUUGAGCGGUUGGUCCUGGCACAUCUGAAAGACUCUGCCAUCCACAGUGGACCCACAUCAGUUUGCCUACCGUGGCAACAGGAGCACAGAAGAUGCAGUCUCCAUAGCACUGCACUCUGUCCUCACACACCUGGACAAUAAAAACACUUAUGCACGAACACUGUUUAUUGACUUCAGUUCAGCAUUCAACACUGUCAUACCCUCCAAGUUAAUGAUCAAACUUAGAGACCUGGAUAUCGACACGUCUCUCUGCAACUGGGUUAUGGACUUUCUGACUAACAGACCUCAAAAUGUUAGAUCAGGCCCCAUCUGCUUCACCAUCAUCACACUCAACACUGGUGUACCACAGGGCUGUGUGCUGAGCCCCUUCCUCUACUCCCUUUUUACCAUCGACUGUAGGCCUGUGAACAGAUCCAACACCAUCAUCAAAUUUGCAGAUGACACCACAGUGAUUGGUCUAAUCAGCGACAAUGAUAAGACGGCCUACAGGGAGGAGAUACAGCAUCUGGCCAUUUGAUGCACCGACAAUAAUAUGCUCCUUAACACCAACAAGACCAAGGAGCUCAUUGUGGACUUCAGGAAGGGACGAACAGGCUCACAUGAUCCCAUCCACAUGAAUGGGAUGGCCGUUGAGCCUGUCUCAUCCUUCAAGUUCCUGGGGACCCACAUCUCAAAGGACCUUUCCUGGACCACCAACACCUCCAGCCUGGUCAAGAAGGCUCACCAGCGCCUAUUCUUCUUGAGGCAACUUAAGAAGAACCAGCUUUCAUCAGCCGUCUUGGUAAACUUCUACUGCUGCACAAUAGAAAGCAUCCUGACCAACAGCGUCACAGUCUGGUAUGGAAGCUGCUCUGUUGCUGAGCGUAAGGCACUGCAGCGGGUGGUGAAAACUGCCCAACGCAUCACAGGGACUACACUGCUAGCUAUUGAGGACAUCCAGAAGAAACGCUGUCUGCGCCAAGCAUGCAGAAUUCUUAAGGAUUCCUCUCACCCUGCUCACAGACUGUCUUCUCUCCUGCCUUCCGGCAGGUGCUUCAGGCUCAAAAACCAGCAGACUGAGGAACAGCUUUUUCCCCAGAGCUGUCUCCCUUUUGAACUCUGCCCCUCACUGACUCUUUUGCCCCCCUAAUACACCCCCUACUCUCCUCUAACUUAUACUCCUCACAAUCACUGCACUAUUUAACAUUUGCACAUUUAAAAUUUGCACAUAUUCAUUGCACUGAUUCAUUUAUUUGAACUGUACAUACACACUGCACAUGGACAUUUGUAAUUAUGUUUAUCUAUCUUCUUAUGUUUAUCACACUUCUGAUUAUUAAUAGCAUCCUGUACAUAUAUUUAUUUAUUGUAAAUCUCUGUUCAUAGCUAAUACAACCUGUAUAUAAUGUUCAUAGUAAAGAAAUGACUGGAAGGAUAUGAAACGCCAAAUGAUGAACUUCGUGCUUUUGUCACUUUGAACAGAAUCAUAUCCUGCUGAAUCUCACUGCAUGUUUCUAGACUUCACACAGGCGUGUUCUUGUUUACAUGUGCUCCGAUUCAAAAAUGAACCCUUAAUUCAAUUUUAAGAGUAGCAGAAAUAUAUAAAUGUAUUCUCUCAGUGCUUUUAUAUUACAGCCAUUGUGGUCUCAUAUUAAUAUUCAUCUAUGAAUGUAUGAUCCAUUAGAAUAGAUUUACUUGUACUGUAAAUUUGCUUUUAUUGCAUCAGUUUUGAAAGACAUAUACUGUAUGUUGUCAUUUAUUAAACAAUCAGUUUACAUUGCUGACCAACAUGAAAUACCUGAAGUAAGAUUACUAAGAUUACUAAAGUCCUCUGCAUUUUGUGUAUUUUCACAUUGUUAGUUUGUGUUGCUCCUGAUGAAUUCUGUUUUACCACAGACAAAAGUGCUACAUUGAGUUCAGUUUUUCAAUAAAUACGACUCUCAAUUCA